GCUGCGGGCCCGCCUCCAUCUUGCAGCCCGCCUCCAUGUUGCCGCCCGCCCGCCCCUCCAGCCGCAUGCGCGGGCCGCCGGCCAUUACACGCGGAGCUCGCGUGGGGCAGCCGCCAUGAAGUUCGCCUACAGGUUCUCCGGCCUGCUGGGCACCGUGUACCGCCGCGGCAACCUCAGCUUCACCCGCGAUGGCAGCGGCCUCGUCAGCCCCGUCGGGAACAGGAUCUCCCUCUUCGACCUGAAGAAUAAUAAAUGUGAAACGCUCCCAUUGGCUACACGGCACAACAUUGUGUGUGUGGGGCUUUCUCCAGAUGGAAGUCUUGCCAUACUGGUUGAUGAAGAGGGAGCUGCCUUGCUUGUCAGUUUGGUCGGUAAAUCUGUGAUACAUCACUUUCAUUUUCACAAGCCAGUGCAUAGUGUCUGCUUUUCUCCUGAUGGCAAGAAAUUUGUGAUUACAAAAGACAAUGUUGCUCUUAUGUACCAUGCUCCUGGGAAGAAACGAGAAUUUAAUGCAUUUGUUCUGGACAAAACGUAUUAUGGUCCAUAUGAUGAAACAACUUGUAUUGACUGGACUGAUGAUUCCAAAUGUUUUGCAGUGGGAAGCAAGGACAUGUCUACGUGGGUGUUUGGAGCAGAGCGAUGGGCAAACCUGAUCUAUUACUCACUCGGAGGGCAUAAGGAUGUAAUAGUAGCCUGCUUUUUUGAAGAGAACAGUCUAGAUCUGUACACGGUUAGCCAGGAUGGAGCUCUCUGCGUGUGGCAGUGUGAUACAGAGCUUGAUGGUUUGAAGCCCAUGCCUCCUAAAGAAGCUAGGAAAAAGAACAGAAUAAAAGAAGAUGAAGAGUUUCUUGAGGAAUCUAAGGGUGAAGAAAUUCAUGGAAAAGCCCAUCCAAAUGAACAGGAGAUUAGAGAGAAAGUUAAAUAUUCACGUAUUGCAAAGUAUUUUUUCAAUAAAGAGGGAGAUUUUAAUAACCUGACAUCUGCAGCUUAUCACAAGAAAACACACCUCUUGGUCACUGGUUUUGCUUCUGGAGUCUUUCACCUCCAUGAGCUUCCAGAUUUCAAUCUAAUCCAUUCCUUGAGUAUUUCAGAUCAAAGGAUAGCUUCUAUUUCUAUCAACUGUACUGGUGACUGGAUUGCCUUUGGAUGUUCAGGUUUGGGUCAGCUCCUGGUGUGGGAAUGGCAAAGUGAGUCCUAUGUGCUGAAGCAGCAGGGCCAUUUCAACAGCAUGGUUUCGUUAGCAUAUUCUCCAGAUGGACAAUACAUAGUAACUGGAGGGGAGGAUGGAAAAGUGAAAGUGUGGAACACUUCAAGCAGUUUUUGUUUCGUCACUUUUACAGACCAUACGAGUGGCGUAACUGCUGUAACUUUUACUUCCAGUGGCUAUGUCAUUUUGAGUGCUUCCCUGGAUGGAACAGUGCGCGCCUUUGAUCUGCACAGAUACCGUAAUUUCCGUACCUUUACUUCUCCACGACCAAGUCAGUUCUCUUGUUUAGCCGUGGACUCCAGUGGUGAGAUUGUGUCAGCUGGUUCCCAGGAUUCCUUUGAAAUAUACAUCUGGUCAAUGCAGAGUGGGAGGUUGUUAGAUGUUUUAGCAGGUCAUGAGGGCCCCAUCAGCAGUUUGUCCUUUAACCCGGUGAAGUGUGUUCUAGCGAGCGCCUCUUGGGAUAAAACAGUCAAGUUAUGGGAUAUGUUGGACAGCUGGAGAACUAAGGAGACACUAAUGUUGAACUCAGACGUUCUUGUUGUUGCUUUCCGUCCUGAUGGCAAGGAGCUUGCAGUUGCUUCUCUGAAUGGACAGAUAACAUUUUGGGAUCACGAAAAUGCAGUGCAAGUUGGCUCAAUUGAGGGAAGACAUGAUCUCCAGAUGGGAAGGAAGGAGCUUGAUAAAAUAACUGCCAAACAAUCAGCCAAGGGGAAAUCUUUUACUACUCUGUGCUACUCAGCGGAUGGUCAGUCUAUUCUGGCAGGUGGAUUGUCAAAAUUUGUCUGCAUAUAUAAUGUGAAAGAACAGAUUCUUAUGAAAAAAUUUGAGAUCUCAUGCAACUUAUCUUUAGAUGCAAUGGAGGAAUACUUAGAUCGGAGAAAAAUGACUGAAUUCGGCAGCAUGGCUCUGAUUGAUGAAGGGGCUGGAGAUGAAGAUGGUGUUGCUAUUCCUCUUCCUGGAGUAAAAAGAGGUGACAUGAGUUAUCGACGCUUUAAACCAGAAAUAAGAGUGACUUGCUUGCGAUUCUCUCCUACAGGGCGAAGCUGGGCAGCCACCACCACAGAGGGUCUUCUUAUCUAUUCACUGGACUCUGGGCUGAUUUUUGAUCCUUUUGAGCUAGAUAUUGAUGUCACACCCAGCAAUAUACGCAAAACACUGCAUCAGAAGGAAUACGCUAUGGCUAUCAUCAUGGCCCUCAAGCUGAAUGAAAAGAAGUUAAUUCAAGAGGUUAUAGAGGCUGUGCCUAGUGAUGAAAUUGAGGUUGUCUGCUCAUCGCUCCCAGAUCUGUACGUGGAGAAGGUGUUGGAGUUCCUGGCCUCUGCCUUUGAGAUAUCUUGUCACUUAGAAUUCUAUCUUAUUUGGGCUCACAAGUUGCUCAUGCUGCAUGGACAGAAAUUAAAAACAAGGUCACAGAAGCUGCUCCCUGUGAUACAGUUCCUUCAGAAAAGUAUCCAGCGACAUUUUGAAGAUGUUUCCAAGCUCUGUGAAUGGAAUAUCUACAAUAUUAAAUAUGCACGGGCCAUUUCACAACAGCGAGGCAUGAAACGUCUGGCAGAAACAUCAGUAGAUGAAGAAGAGUCGGAGUCUGACAGUGAUUAUCUUAUGCAAGAAGUUCAUAAAGACAGUUUUAGUUCCUAGUGACUCUUCACGGGAGGGAGAAAACCUAAGACAAAGUGAAUUUACGCAGUGGUAUUCACUGAGACUGAGUGGCCCUCAUAGUGGCAUAAUUUAACUCUUUUUAAACAGUGUGAAUGGAGUUAUGUGUGAGUUACAGUAAUGGGGAAAAUUUAGGAUAAAAUGCCAUCCGUGGUAUACUUUGUGUAGCCUUUGGCCAUAACACCAAUGAUUUGCUGGACAGCAUCGAUUCAGUUUUUUAUUGUUCCUGAUUUCAGGUAACAAGAAAUGCUUUCUUUAUUUAAAACACAUUGUAUAUAGAUCAAAGAUCAUGCAUUAUUUGUAAUGAAGCCUUGUCAUACUUUGAGGUGGACUUUCUUAACCAUGUUUUUAUAUCAUUUUUAACUGGAAGGCUACAUAUUGCUCGCAACUUGUUUGAUUUUUUUUUUUUUUUUCAAAUUGGUUUUAAUACAUGCAUGUCAUGUUGUUGGACCACUGUGUUAGGAGUAAGCGUACCCAUUUUUCUUGUUUCUGUAACUUCCAAACCUGAUGCAGUUCCAACAAUAAGGAUAAAUGGUAUAUCCCUAACAAUGAUUAUGGGAACAAAGUUACUGUGCUGCACAACCUCUGCAGGGCGUUAAUUAAUAAUCUGUUAUACUGUAGUAAAAAUUUGGUUGGAAAUUGCCAACUCAGUGUAACUUAAACUAUAAGAGAAUGUUACAAAUGUUUCUCAUAAAAGCCCUUUCUGGUCUUUUUUUUUUUUUAAUAUAUAAAAGUUUAUUAAC